AGAAGCUUAGUGUAACAAGUGUCUCUCCCUCUAAAAUUGAAGUUAUUUCCAUGGAGUAAUUAAGAAGCUCUUGCCGAACUCUCUUUCUAACUCAACAACUUUACUGUAAUCUUUCUCUCUUUCUCUCUCUAUACCUAAAGAGGAAAUGGCUGGGGCUAUGAUGAGGAGGAUGACACAAAGAACACUAAACUCUUCAGGAUUAACAUUGAUGAGAGCCGGAGAAGCCAUUAACGUUGUUUUAAGCUUCAUUGUAUUCUUCUUCAUCGACAUUCUCGAUUUCAUCUUAUGUUAUGUCUACAAAUUGGCUGAUUUCAUCAUUGAGUCGGAAUGGAAGUCAUGUUACUGCUCCACCACCACCACAACCACCACCACCUCCUCGUCAAUUACGAGCGCCGCCGACAACAUCUUGGUGUCGGAAUUACGCGGGCAGCCGACAAGAAAAGUUGUCCGUGUCUCCUCCAGUAAGAUUCAACUCGAUGAUAUCUCCGAUACACUAUACACCCGUAGCUCCGUCGUGUACGACGUUUCCAGGACUACUCGACGACGACGGCAGGGAGGUGAGGAAGGAUGCUGUAGCCAUAAAUUAGUUAAGAAGACGACCGGAGGAAGAUCGGGGAACGCUACCACCGCCGCCGCCACCGCCGCGUUCACUGUAAACUCGACUAUUGUGGAGAUAUUGAAGGAGAAGAUCAAGAGUGGAGAUCGGCCUCAAACGGUUCCUAGAUGGACCGAUUGCGAUUGUCACACUUGCAAUUCUUGGUCUGUUUCUUCAACCAACAAAGAUACACUUUUCGUUAAAACUGAACCUAAGAUACUCGGGCCACCCAAAGAUGACUUUGUUCACGAAGACGUUCUGUUCAUACACGGUUUCAUCUCGUCAUCAGCAUUCUGGACGAAGACUUUGUUUCCAAACUUUUCAAAGUCAGCAAAGUCAACAUAUAGGAUGUUCGCAGUUGAUCUCUUAGGGUUCGGGAGGAGCCCUAAGCCCAAUGAUUCCCUUUAUACCUUAAGAGAACAUUUAGACAUGAUCGAGAAGUCUGUAAUCGAGCCAUACAAUGUCAAGUCGUUCCACAUAGUGGCACACUCUCUCGGUUGCAUCUUGGCCAUCGCUCUUGCAAUCAAACAUCCCGGUUCUGUUAAAUCAUUAACCCUACUUGCACCCCCAUAUUUUCCGGUGCCAAAAGGGGAGCUGCAAGCGACACAAUAUAUAAUGAGGAAGGUCGCCCCUCGACGUGUGUGGCCUCUGCUAGUCUUUGGCACCUCGAUGGCAUGUUGGUACGAGCACGUUAGUCGAACCAUUUGCUUUCUCAUUUGCAAGAACCACCGUUGGUGGGAUUUUAUCGCCAAAAUGAUCACCAGAAACAGGAUGAGAACGUAUUUGAUCGAAGGGUUUUGUUGCCACACCCACAAUGCGGCAUGGCACACAUUGCACAACAUUAUAUGCGGGACAGCUGCAAAAAUGGACCGAUAUCUUGAGGUGGUUCGUAACCAGCUAAAAUGCCAUGUUACCAUCUACCAUGGUCGAAACGAUGAGCUCAUCCCUUUCGAAUGCAGCUACAAUUUACAGUUGCGAAUUCCUCGAGCGCGUGUCAAGAUUAUCGAGAACAAGGAUCACAUAACCAUUGUUGUUGGGAGGCAAGACACAUUUGCAAAGGAACUUGAGCAAAUAUGGAAGAAUUCUAAGGGUUGUUAAUUAUUUAAGAAAAUAAAACAAAUAUUUAUAAAUUGUCGAGACAAUCGGACAAAAAAAAAAAAAGAUUGAGACGACACCAACCAUUAGAAGACAAGAAGAUCGACCAUGACCAUGUUGUGUACCUAUUUAUAUUUCUCUCCCUUUUCUCAACUUUGUGUUUAAUUUCUUUUUCAUGUGAAUCCUUAGGAUAUAUAAUAUAUAUACAUAGUCAUUCGUGGCA